AAGUGUGUGAUAAGUAAUUGAUACUGUAAUAGCUUUUGCAAAUGACAGUAUUCAGGUGUUAAAAUCUAAGAAGAAAAGAAGUUAUUACCUCAAAAAAGAAGUAUGACUUCUAUUAGUGAAAUUGGCUCGUUACCUAAAACGAAAAAACCAUCGGAUAGUGCAUUUAAACAGCAACGUUUACCUGCUUGGCAACCAAUACUUACUGCUGGAACUGUGUUACCAACAUUUUUUGUAAUUGGAAUUGCUUUUAUACCAGUUGGAGUUGGAUUACUUUAUUUUUCUGACCAAGUCAAAGAAUAUAUUUUAGACUAUACAGAUUGUAAUUCUACAAACAUACUUCGUGCAAAAGGAGUGCCUUUCAAAUGUGCAGAUGUUAUAGCAAUUAAUCGUACAGAACCUUGUUACUGUGAACUAAAUUUCACAUUACCUUAUGACUUUAAUGGGAAAAUAUAUAUGUAUUAUGGUUUGACUAAUUUCUAUCAAAAUCAUAGGCGAUAUGUAAAAUCAAGAGAUGACAAUCAGUUAUUAGGAAAAUUAAGUGAUAUUGUCUCAGGUGAUUGUGAACCAUUUGCUUAUGAUAAUGGCGUACCUAUUGUACCAUGUGGUGCUAUUGCUAAUUCAUUAUUCAGUGAUGAAUUGAAAUUACAUUCUGUGAAACAUGGUAGAGAUGUACCAUUAUUAAAAACUGGUAUAGCAUGGCCUUCAGAUAAGAACAUUAAAUUUAGAAAUCCUGGUGGUAAUUUAAGUGAAGUAUUUAAACAUUUUGCAAAACCAAAGAAUUGGACUAAACCUAUUUAUGAGUUAGAUCCAUAUAAUGAAAACAAUAAUGGUUUCCAAAAUGAAGAUUUAAUUGUUUGGAUGAGAACUGCAGCAUUACCUACUUUCAGAAAACUUUAUCGCAGAGUUGAUCACACAGCAGCUGGUUUCACUGAAGGUCUAUUAGCAGGGAAUUAUACACUUACUGUUACCUAUACAUAUCCUGUAUCUGCCUUUGAUGGCAGAAAAAGAAUGAUUUUAAGCACUACAUCCCUUCUUGGUGGAAAGAAUCCUUUUCUUGGUAUUGCUUAUAUAGUUGUAGGAUGUAUUUGUUUAUUGUUAGGCAUUACACUAUUAAUAAUACACAUCAAAUGCUCUAAAAGCAAACUAAUGUAAAGAUGACUGCAACAAAGUAUGCUUAGGGCACCAUAAUUGUUCUUUGCAACAGAUAUGAUUAAUGUGACUCCAAAUACACCAUACCAAGAA